AUGAACUUGGCGUUCCUCUGUCACGAUACAGAAAUCAUAUUUUUUUGCGUUCUACUUACGAUGAUUUUGAAGCGCGUUAAGAUAAUAAAGGGGCAUGUAGGGAAGUUAUUUUUACGAAAGAAAAAGUCGAGUAAUCAGCUUGAAGGCUUGUCGAAUAACGCCAACUUGGAUGUCAGUCACCUGCACAACGCUUAUGAUUUGCUUCAUACGUGUUCGGAAAAACUCAACUCUGCCAUGAAUUUUCCGAUGGUGUUAUUAUUCACGGCAUCCGGAUUAACAUCAAUAAUGCUACUUAAAAAUGUUUUUGCAGUUGUACAACAAUCGGACGAAGAAAACAAAUAUUUUGUAAAAUACAUUGUUACAUACACAAUAAUAUACUGUAUGAAGUUCACAAUACUUUUUAUAAUGCCCUGCUAUUUUUCAAAUAUUACGACCACACAAGUCGCUACUAUGCGUACGAUGCUGCAUGAUGCUAUCAAUACUAAAGCACUUGGAAAAUACGAACGCCGUAAGCUGAAGGCCUUCUUCCAACUGACUCAAGACAGUGAGUUUGCAUAUGCUCUGUGGGGAGUCAUCAAAAUGGAUAUGUCACUACCUCUGAGCUAUUGUAGUCUGUGUGUUACUUACCUCAUUAUUGUUGUACAAUUUUCGAGAUUUAUAGACUAG